CCAGCGGCCCAUCCCCUAGUCCCCCAUCCCCCGAUUCCUCUCCAUGUCCCUUUCCCUCGUCUGUCGCCACCGCCACCACCGGCGCCCUCCCCAUAGUCGCCGUCACCACCGGCGCCCAGGUGUAAUGCUGCUCUUGCAGACGGCCAUGGGGAGGGGGACACUUGAUUUCUUCGCCAGAUCUGGAUCCCGGGGACGACGUCGGGUCGCUAUGCAAGGCGGUGGCCUGCGGGAAGGGGAACUGCACGGUGACGACGGGGCUGCCGGGGUACAAGGUGCGACUGUGAGCCCGGGUGGACGCACAUGCACGUCGGCGACAGCCUCAGGUUCCUGCCCUGCGUCAUCCCCAACUCUUGAUGUUUGGGCCAGAUAUAUGCGGGACUCAAACAAAGAAGCUGCAUCUUAUACUCUCUUACCAGGGGCAGAACUAUCCUAUCAAAAAAGAUCUACAAUGCGAAACCGACAGGCUCACGCAUGUUUACACAUUCAUUUUAGGCCCGAUGCAUCUUAUAGUUUACUUGUUGAUAACCGUGAAAGAGAAUCUGGGAGCAUGUACACUGAUUGGGACAUCUUGCCUCCUCGUAAAAUCAAGGAUGUUGGUGCCAAAAAGCCUAAGGAUUGGGAUGACAGAGAGUAUAUUGAGGAUCCCGAUGCGGUUAAACCUGAGGGCUAUGAUUCUAUUCCAAGAGAGAUUCCUGACCCAAAGGAUAAGAAGCCCGACACGUGGGACGACGAUGAUGAUGGCAUAUGGAAACCUAGAAGGAUACCGAAUCCAGCAUACAAAGGACAAUGGAAGCGCAAGCAGUUGGUUUCACCUCUUGGUAGUAAAAUUCAACAACAGCCAGUUCUGAAGACUAACGAUGCAGUUAGCUCUGAUUCUAGUAACACAAGUGAAAGUGCAGUUCUUGGAGGAAGGGUAUUUUCUCCUCCUGUUGUUCCUGGGGCUCAGUGGAGGGUUCAAACUCCUGCUGGUUUCCAAAAUCAAAGUGAAACUGGUCAAUUUCGUGGAAGACCUGAGGUAACCGACCAAAGGGAGAAGUACUUGCAAAGAUUGUAACAGGUACAGCAGCAGCAGGGCAACCUUAUUAACGCUUCUCAUAUAACGGGCAUCAAUCAGAAGCAAUUUCCAACCCAGCAGCUCAAUUCCCUCUUACAGCAGUUUAAUUCUCAGAGUUCUUCUAUCUCUUCUCAAGGGGGCCUUAGGCUAGAGGUUCAGGGACCAGGUAUCCCUUCUGCCUUCUCGUCUCAGCUACAACCUCAUGAAUCCCAAAUUCUCGAGCAAUACGCUAGGCAAACAAAAAGUGACGAGCAACAAGGCUUGGCCGAUGAUGCUGGUGUGGAGUCUGCUGCAACAACUGGACCGAUUAAGCACACCAAUGAAGAUGACACGAAGGCUCCUUACUCGGUACGGUCCAACUUUUUCAUACAUGCCUGCUCAUGAAAUAAGUGAAACAAGGUGCAUACAAUUAAGGACACCACAAUUAUCUCUGUGAAUAAUCAAUAGUGUGGAGUUACUCACAAUAAUCUAUGCGGCAUUUCUUAGCUAGAUUUUUUAGAAGGAUUUCGGGCUAUUUUGCUCAUAUUUUAGAAAACUGAUCAUGUGUGAUGGGCCCAUCUGUCUUGCAAAAUAGACU